UUAUAUUUUCACUUUUUCUUAUUUUCGUCAACCGUUGUUCUACUUAAUAUGAGUGGCUGGAUUGCAUACAUCAAAACUUUGACUGACAGUUGUAAUGUUAUCUGCAGAGCGGCUAUUGUUGGACUUAAUGAUGGAGGGAGCGUUUGGGCAAGAACGGAAGGCGACAAAGAAUUUAAGGCUACUGAGUCUGAACUCAAGAAGUUUGUUGGUCUCUUUGACAACCUUGAUAGUGUUCCAGAAACUGGCGCAGAUCUAGAAGGUUUUUUAGUAAAAUUUUAUUUGUUUCCAUUCCCUUUUUUAUUCCACCCUCGCAGUAUCAAAAAGAGGCAGAUUUGCUUAUAGAGUGAAGUUAAUUGUAAGGAUGAAUGCAAAUUCUGUCCAUUUUUAAACAUUAGGGAAGGAAACGGUGUACGAAUUGA